CAAGCAGUCUCCAGCCGAUUCCAGUUUGUGCACCGUAGCCGCCUCUGUCUCCCAUUCUCAACUGAAGAAAGCAGCUAGCAGGGGGCUCUAAACUCUCGUCGUCUCUGCCGCCGGAGUGGGUUUGUCUGCAGGGUGUAUGGCUCGAUUAAGAAGAGUUUGUAAGAUGCAAAAGCGAAAGACGGUGACAACAAUUAGUAUAGUAUUAACUUUGUUGCUUGUGUAUGUAUCGUUGUUGGUUAGAUGGUUUGAACUUCUUCUCUCGAGAAGGAUACAAACCAGACGUCAUAACACCCCCUAGAUAGCAUAUUUGAUCGCCAACAUGAUAGAAUGCGUCAUAUGAGACGCACACUCGAGUUGUCGGACACUCGAUGCAUUGACAAAGUGCGGAUGAAUCGUACACUAUUUAGGAGGUUGUGUGAACUACUAGUCAGCAAAGGUGGGUUAAAACGAACAGAUAAUAUAGAUAUAGCUGAGAUGGUGAUGGUGUUUUUGGUCACCAUUGCUCACAACACAAAAAAUGGGACGCUGCAACUUGAUUUCUGUCGUUCGGGGCAAACCAUUUCGAAGGUUAUACACAAGGUCUUGUGUUCCAUUCUUCGCCUUCAUCCUAUACUAAUAAGGCGUGCAGAACCUAUACAAGAUAACUCGGAUGAUGCAAGGUGGAAAUACUGUAAGGGUUGCUUAGGGGCACUAGAUGGGACUCAUGUAAGGCUUCGUGUGAGGAUAGAAGAUCAGGCUAGAUACCGAAACUGCAAAGGAAAAACUUCAAUGAAUGUUUUGGGAGUGUGCAAUCCAAAUCUUGAGUUCUUGUAUUGUUUAGCUGGUUGGGAGGGUUCAGCUCAUGAUGGGAAGGUGCUCAGAGAUGCUUUGAUAAGGCCGAAUGGGCUAGAGGUCCCAAAAGGAACAUACUACUUGUGUGAUGCUUGGUAUAGCAAUUGUGAAGGCUUCUUGGCUCCAUAUAGGGGUCAGAGGUACCAUAUGAAAGAGUGGGGGGGUUAAUAAGCCAUUGAAAGCUAAGGAGUACUUUAAUAUGAAGCAUGCUGGUGCAAGAAACGUCAUUGAGAGGGCAUUUGGCAUCAACCAGAUGAGAUGGGCCAUAUUAAGAGAACCCAGCUGAUUCUCUCUUGAAGUUAUGACCAAAAUGGUCAAUGCUUGCUGCUUGCUGCAUAAUUUCAUCAAGAGAGAGCAAGGCAUUGACACUUUUGAGAGAGACUAUAGAGAUCAUGAACCUGAACACUAUUCUUCAGCUUAUGUGGAAAAGAUAACCGAUGUUUGUCCAUCCCAAGAAUGGACAACAUUUAGGAACUCAAAAGCUGUAGAGAUGUGGGAGAGUAGGGGAAAUAGAUAAUUCUAAUUGUUUGUUAUGUUUGUUGGGUGGUAGUUGCUUUCUGAACUAUUGUCUUGUCAGUUGUUGUGUGUUAUGAAUUUGUUGUAUCAUUGAACGUUGCUGUCAUUAAUGUUAAAUAUGUUUGAGAUGUUUCAAGUUGUAAUAUUUUUGGAUCCAUGAAUUUGCUGAACUUCAUAAAUGUAUUUCAAUGCAUGCAUGUGUUGGUUUUGUAGGAUGGGGAACAAGCGAAAAGCUCCAGCCAUUACUGAAGAUGAAGAUGGAAAACCAGGAAGAAAGAAUUUCAAUUGGACUGAUUCACUCGAUGCAAUUCUGAUUUCCUGCAUGAUGGAUCUAGUCCACAAGCAUCAAGUACAAAAUGGAUCCUUCAAGAACGGAGCAUUCAAUGAGCUUGAAAGUUUGAUGCAGCAGAGGGCUCCAGGUUGUGGGGUGCAGCUUGAGCCUCAUAUUCGAUCCAGGCACAAAAAACUGAAAAGUUAUUUUAAUGCUGUACACCUGCUGCGAAACCAGAGUGGUUCUGGCUGGGAUGAGAUUACAUGUACUGCAUCCAUGGAAACUGGUGCUUUUGAGGAUUUAAUCAAGGUAGUGCAUCCAAAUUGUAAAAACUGGAACAACAAGCCUUUUCCCAAUUAUUAUGAGUUAGAAGCCGUCUUUGGUAAGAGUGGUUCUGCAAGUGGAAGGAUUACUGGUGGUAUUGCUGACGGAGUGAAUGAUCCAUCCAUAGACACACCUGUUAUUAUGGAUUUGGAUGGAGUCCACACUCCAAUUGAUGUAGAGGAUCCUAGAGGUGAUAGCCUGAUGGAGGAUUUGAUUAAUGAGGGCAUAGAGAUGUCUCAAAGGACUUUCACUCCUCUGUCUCAGGAUACCGUUCCAUUAGUAAAGUGCCAUGGAAGUGAUUCGAAGCAUGCAGGGGGCAGCAACCCUAUUGUUAAGAAGAAGGCCAAAGUAAUUAAAAAGGAACAAGGUGAUGAAGACAUUGCAACUGUUGCUGCUGAAAUUGGUGGGUUAAAGCCUGUCAUUUCCAAGGCACUUGAAGCUCUUGGAACCAUCAUGCGUGAACGUGAGGAUACCAGUUAUGAUGAAGAUGCAUUGAUAGCAGAGAUAGGCAAAAUUGAAGGGCUAACUCGCUGUCAGGUGGUUGACGCUGCAAUGGCUUUGGUUGACAAUGAUCGAAAGACAAGACUCUUCUAUGCUAUGAAAAAUGAAGAAGAUCGAAGUACUUCAUCAUGAAUUUGCUACGUUAAUGCCAGGUGGUCAGAUGUAGGAUGUAGGACUUAGGAUGAGAAGCUCAUGUAUAGUAUCUGCUUCUCAAAAAACACAUGUGGAAUGGAGUAGGAACUUCUUUUUGAGCAAAUCUGGCUAGUAGCUUCUGUUCGAUUUGCUAUCAGUGAUCCUAGCAUAUGUGCAACACUGGUUUUUUGUUAGUUUCCAUACCAUUCUGGAUAUGUGUUUGGUAUUUGGAAGUCAUUAAUGUAUGUAAGCUGAUGCAUAUUUAUGUUGUAAGAAGUUGCUGC